GAUGGGGAUGCGUAAACCUGUGGAGUUGUGGUCAUGGGUUAUUAGGUUAUUAAGUUACUGAGGGCUGUCUAAUUUGUCCCUAAUAAAGGGCUGCAUUUUAUAGGUAGGACUGUAAUACAAUCCUACAAAUGCUGUACUUAGUGGAGAGGGAAGCAAUUAUGCUGCGAGUCACGGAUAUUUAGAAGUAGUUUUACAAGCUGGGCUGUACAUUACAUGUACCCAACCAUCAGCCUCACCCACUGCACUGGGAGCGUGUGGCUCUAACUGGUUUGGCCUGUGUAGGAAAGAGGCACCAACCUGCCAAUUCAGAUUAUUAAACAUUGUUGCUUGAUGUGUAUCCAGUAUCCCCACACAUUACAAUGUUGGUUGGUUGGUUGUUUUCUUUCCACUGGGGAUGUACAAGAAAUGGUGAGGUUUUGGCAGCUGUGGAAAGUGAAUGAGGUUCCUAAAGCUGGAGGAAUAGUGUCACUACUGCAGUCUUGUUUAAUUUAUGUCUGGAGUACAUUUCUUAUCAUAGUUCCAGUUUUGUCUCAGAUUUAUAUUGGCACUGAGACCUGUUGGUUUUUACCACAAGAGAUUAUGGAGGGAACAGAAAAAAAGAUAAAUAGAGGAGUGUGCUGAUUUUCUUGUUGUACCUGUUAUGGAUGGACAGACUAAAACAGAAAUAGGCUUUGCAAGAUGACUUUUUUAUAAAUAAAUACUUGUUUGGUGCUGAAGUUAAAAAAGAAAACUCUCAAAAACUGCUUGUUCCCUUUUAUCACUCUGUGUUAAUCCCUGACAGUUUUAUUAUGUUUUAUACCAUGAAGAUUUUUAUACUUAGUUACUUUGUGGUGGCUUGUGCUCUGAGUGAAUUAUUUAUUAUUUAUCACAUCCAAGACUAUUUUUUGUUGCUGUUUAAAAUGACCGUAGUUCGAGAUUUUAUUUCCUAUUUUCAAAUUAAAUACUAUUAAUGUAGUGUUCUGUAGAGAUUUACUUUGUUAAUGUUUACUUGGUUCAGCAAUCUUAAUAUUUAGAUACUUUUGGACACUGAUUAUACUGCUGUACUUGUAGACAGACUUUUUUUCCUUCUUAUGCUACUUCUUUAUUUUUGUCCCUUUUUUUGCCCCCAGAUUUUUCAAGUCAUUCCAGAACAGUUAAGUAACUCUUGAAUUAUUUGAUUACAUGAUUAUUCCCAUUUUCUUUCAGUUGUUCUUUCUUUUGUCUUACUCCUUGACAUCAAGUUGUUUCCAUUAGUUGCUAAAAAUGUAUGACCUGCCUUCACCAGAUCUCCCUGGAGAGAUUCCUAAUUUCUGGCUGUUGAAUAAAGUAACUGGGGUGGAAGGACUGGGCAUUUGCAGCAAACCCUGUGGGACAAUACCCUGAGUGCCUGUUCUGGGAAGGAAAUGUUCAGGAGCAAACUCUGCUUUAGGUCUCCGUGUUCUCUUUCCACUCCUGUUCGCUCUUCCCACAGAAGGGAAGGAAGGGGGAUACUGUGAAAAAGUUGCUUAAACAGCCUAAGAAGCCUGAAAAAGUUGAGCUGUAAGAACACCCUUAAUGUCACCUGACAAGGAGCCACUGUGACAGUCCCAGGGUGUCUGUGGAAUUGUCCUUGGGACAAACUGAAGGGCAGGGAGUUCCCAUCUCUGACCUUGUCACUAAUCACUCUGGGAUCUCCCACAUGUCACAGUCCCUGCUUAACACUUGGGCUACAUUUACAUCUCCUAAACCACCACACAUAUCAGAGGGAUCUUACCAUGCUAAGUUUUUUUAAUUAGUAUUCAGUUUAGAAAGGGAAUGAAGAACAUCUUCAUUCUGUCGGGUUCACUGUAGGUUGAGGAGUGGGAGACCCCCAAAGUGAAGAGUUACAUGAUGUUAGUUGGCCUAGGACACAUCCCAGGGGUGAAGGUGCUUUUUCAUUUGUUACAUUUGCACUGUCAAGGCUGCAAAACACUUGGCCAAGGCUGCUUUAUUGUGCUAGAACAGGCAGAUGUUGAAUCCUUGAGUACUGCUUUGCCACCUCUGUCUUUUAUUGAAGUGAAAAGGCAGCUUACAGUCAUGGAAUUUGUUUGCAUAAUGCUUUGCCUGAUUUUUAUUAAAUUUCACAGAGUUCUUUUCUGUAACAAACUCUCUUUUCAGUGCCAAUGUGUUGCCAACCAGCUGGACACCCGGCUUCCCAAAAGCUCACAUGCAUGUUUGCUAAGCUUGGCAAGUCAAGAUCAAAAUGAAAUUAUGAUAAAAAUCCAUGUGGAUUUCUAACUUGGAGUCUGAGGUUCAAGACAAAGAUGAAUCUACGUUCUGUAUUUACUGUAGAACAACAAAGGAUAUUGCAGCGUUAUUAUGAAAAUGGAAUGACAAAUCAAAGUAAAAAUUGCUUUCAGCUCAUAUUACAGUGUGCACAAGAAACAAAACUGGACUUCAGUGUGGUCAGGACGUGGGUUGGCAAUAAAAGGAGGAAGAUGAGCAGCAAGAGCGCGGUGGAAUCCGGAGGGACCCCCCCAGGGACAGCCCCUGCCACUCCCUCAGUGCCCCCAGAAGUUCGGAACGUGGUCAAUAUUGCCCGAUCCCACAGCCAGCAAUCCUCCUGGACCUCUUCCAAUAAUGAUGUGAUAGUGACUGGGAUUUACAGCCCUGCCACCUCCUCGGGCAGGCAGGGAUCCACCAAACACACCAACGCUUCCAUGGCAGAGAUGCACAAAACCUCCAUCCCGAGGCUCCCGGGGAAAGGCAACGCGGAGUUCCAGCAGCAGCACAUCCCUCUAGGACGACAAGUCCCACACUGUAAAAAUGCUUCCCUAUUAGUAGGGGAAAAGACCAUUAUUUUAUCCAGGCAGACGAGCGUGCUCAAUUCUGCAAACUCCAUUUACAGCCACACGAAGAAAAGCUACGGCGGCUCCUCGGUGCAGACGGCGGAGCUGGUGUUACCUCAGAAACCCAUGAUAUGCCACAGGCCCUGCAAGGCCGAGCCCGUGGGCUGUCACAGGUCACAUAAACCAGAGCAUGUGGCUCUGGCAUCGCACGUGCCCCACGGGCAGAGGGCUCACCCCAGGGACCCUGCCUGUAGCACCCAGAACCUGGAGAUCCGCGAGGUGUUCUCCCUGGCGGUGACGGACCAGCCCCAGAGGAUGGUGGCGGGAAGCACAACGCAGAAACAUUCCUCUCUGGAGGGCAGCUGCCUGUCCAUCGCCAUGGAGACGGGGGACGUGGAGGACGAGUAUGCCAGGGAGGAGGAGCUGGCAUCCAUGGGAGCACAAAUCCAGAGCUACUCCAGAUACUGUGAGAGCAGCAGCUCUGCUCGAGUGGAGAACCAAAGCGCAGCCGUGUCGGGGCCGGGCCGCAGCGGGGGCUGUGGGGCACAGGGGGCCAGUGCCAGGGACCUGCCUGACAGUGUUCUCUACCACAGCAGAGAUUACCACCUCCCUGCACGGACCUCACUGCACAGCACAGCCAGCACAAUGUACAGCGGUGCUAAUGCAUCCAGGAGUACCUUUUCUCCUCAUUUUACAUCUUCAAGUCAACUGAGGCUGUCACAAAACCAAAAUAAUUACCAGAUUUCAGGAAACCUUACUGUGCCUUGGAUUACAGGUUGUUCCAGAAAAAGAGCAUUACAGGACCGCACACAAUUUAGUGACCGAGACUUAGCCACCCUAAAGAAAUACUGGGACAAUGGCAUGACCAGCCUGGGCUCAGUCUGCAGAGAGAAAAUUGAAGCUGUGGCUGCAGAAUUAAAUGUUGACUGUGAAAUAGUGCGGACUUGGAUUGGGAAUCGAAGACGGAAAUAUCGUUUAAUGGGGAUUGAGGUCCCACCCCCUAGAGGAGGUCCUGCUGAUUUCUCUGAUCAAUCUGAAUUUGUUUCUAAAUCAGCACUUAAUCCAGGAGAGGAAACUGCUACUGAAGUGGGGGAUGAUAAUGAUAGGAAUGAUGAAGUGUCAAUCUGCUUAUCUGAAGGAAGCUCACAAGAAGAGACAAAUGAAGCUCUUCAAAAUGAAGAAAUUGGUCACAAAGAUGAUGACCAGAAUCCAGUUCCUGCUGACAAUGUGAAAAUAGAAAUUAUAGAUGAUGAGGAGAGUGAUAUGAUCAGUAAUUCUGAAGUGGAUCAGAUGAGUUCUCUCUUGGAUUAUAAGAAUGAAGAGGUCAGAUUCAUUGAGAGCCAGCUGGAGAACCACAAGCAGAAGUAUUUUGAGCUGCAGACGUUCACUCGGAGUUUGAUACUGGCAAUUAAAUCAGAUGAUAAAGAACAGCAGCAGGCACUGCUUUCAGACUUACCUCCUGAACUAGAAGAAAUGGAUUUCAACCACACCUCCCCAGAGCCUGAUGAUACCUCAUUCAGCUUGUCCUCUUUGUCAGAGAAAAAUGCCUCAGACAGUUUGUGAUUUAUUUUUUUUAACUGACAAACCAGAACCCCCCUUGGGACAUGCAGGUUUCAGGAGAAGGGCAUUUUGCUCUCCAGUGUUUCCUCAGCCCAAAAAAAGCAAGUCCAAGGUGAAGGAGCCUGUCCUGAAGGAUGGCUGGGGCACAGCCCAGCUGCAGUUUGCACUGGCAAGGAAUUUGCAAUGGUGGUUUUGCUAAAGGAAAGAACUGGGUGAGAGAAGGUUUCACUUGUAGCAGUUUGGCCUUGGUUGGGAGAACUCCUGACUCUCCAGAGUAACUCUGGCUCUGUAGCAAAGUCUUUCUGAGCAGGGAUUUCUGAGUGGAAAGCAAAUCCUUCAGCCUCAUGUGCUCACCAGGCCUGUUUAUUAUAUUUUUCCCCAUUUUUACUCAGGUAGGUGGACUAAAAAUUGGGGUUCCAAAUAAAAUAACGGGCUUUCUCUGAGUUGUGCUUGAACCCUUUGGAAAACCUGAAAUUAAACUAAAGCGUUUUUCGUUCUCUGACUUGAGAUUGUUGAAUCUUCCAUUUUCUGACCAAAAUAGCUGAAAAAACCUUGAAAGGCUAACUCAGAAAAUUGAAUUAUCACCAGUAAAUUAUUAAUGUGAAGAAGCAGUGCUAAGUGUUGGAAGAAAUGAGAUGGAAGUGGGAGCCCUGAUACCUGCAGGGCAUGACUUCCUGAUACAGUAGCAAUGGGAUUGGAUGUUUACAUUCUUUAGGGUUUUAUGAUUGUAGUCACAGUUUUGAUUUGUCAAAGCCUGAAUGCUGAGGUUCUGCUUAUUAUUUUAAGUAUGGAUUGUGUAUUUUUCCACAAACUUUGCUCCAUUUUACCAAGCCAGUCAGAAUUCCAGAGCUGUCAUUGCAUCCUGAAAGGUUUUCCAGCGUUUGGAACUCCAGGAUGAUCCUGGGUGAUGCUGUAGCUGCCUGCCCAUGGCACUGAUGCUCUAAUUGGAAUCUGAAUCCCUCAGCAAGAAUUUUUCACACAGUCAGGUGGAAAAACUGAUCUUUCCAUUUUAUGCCAAAUAACAAUUGACUCUGGGGAAUCCUUAUUCAUCCAGGACGGCAAGUAAUCCCCUUAAUUUCAGUGGGAGGUCCAAGGUGUAGCUCAGAGAAUCCAGAGUGUUGGGGAAAUAACUCCUUUUUCCCCCCCCCAAUAUUGCUGUUAACUCAGAUUUUAGGGUUUUCUCAGUCUGAUCUGUUCUUCUCUAAUCACUUUUACAACUCUUUUUGUUUAGUGCCAGUAGUGAGCUCUGUCCUUUAGGGUUUUUUCUGUCUCUCUUGUCCUUGGGCAUGAGGAGCUUUUAGCAAUACUGUUAAAUACCAGCUGCAUAAAGGGUAGGGACAGUUUUAAAAGGUGUUUCAAAAACCAGGUUUCACAGUUCUGACCAGUGUAUGAUUCUAUUAGUUCCCACCAGACCUCUGACCACAUACUCUGCAGAGCAACCCCAGAAUUCCAAACUUCUGGGCCUAGAUGUGAGUGGAGGCAUUAAAACCGGGAGUGGAUCCCAGGAGAGAGGGAAGGCCCCAUGUGACCAGGAGGUGAGGGGUGGAAUGCCCCAUCCUGGCUGGCAGACACGUCCUUGUGGCCUCACCCCCAGGAGGAGCAGAGUUUGCCACACUGUGCAAGUGCCCCCAGUCUAAAAUGAAGGUUUGUGAGGAGAGAUCACAGUCCUGACCUUCCCAUGGAAGACACAGCUCAGCUGGAAUUCUGCUGGCUCUGAAAAACUCAUUUAUAAAGGGUUUUCUAUCCCAGGCUGACAAUGGUUUCUAUUGCUGUCCUCUCCAGACAGGAAAUCAGGGCCCCUGACAACGAAGCCUCUUGUUUUCUGUAUUCUAGUACUGUCAUUUGCCACUGUUGGGACCCUGUUUUCCUGCUGCUUCCACUGAAAUUCCCAUGACAAAAGGCAGGAUACUCUUAAUGGGAGUUCUCGAUUUCAUGGUCAAUUAAGUCAUCCACCUUUCUGCAAGAAAAGCUCCCACUGAUGAUUCCUAUUUUGCUCUCUUGUUUCUAUUCCAUCUCCAAACAAAUGGAAGGAAUGAAUUUUGAAUGAACUGCUGCAAUUAUGUCAGUCCCUUUGCUCUAGGAAGCUGGACUCCUCUUGGAUGUUCAGCUGAAAGGAACUGCAGUCAACACCCACCCAUCCCUGGGGGAAUGUUGUUCUUUGGUCCCUUCUCCUGUAGGGAGACACCAAAAACCCAGUGAGGCAGUGGUGCUUCCAUAGCUGAGACAUCUGACAACUUCACAGGAUAGUCAGGAAGGAAGGGUAUGAAUUAUAUCCCUGAUAACAGAAUGCUGUGGAGGAAGAUACUGUACAACUCUUUGGCUGGUUUUUUUCACUAUGAGUGCAUAUUUCCAAAUUUUUAAUGACAUUUAAAUUGCCAUUAGUGGUAUUUUAAGUGUUGAUGGAAAGCAGUGGGGUGGCUCUGUGGGCCCCGGGCCCAGCAGGAUUUGGGGUCUGGUUGUUUCCCCGUCUGUAGGAUGAUAAUGAGAGCCCACAUUAAGGGCUAAUUUAUCAUUCCAUAGACUUUCCAUAACAAAUAAAGCUUUUUAGGGUGACAGAAAUCAGCCUCAUUUCCAUUUCAGUGAUUUGACUAAUUUGAGUAACCUCUCCAGCAGAAGGGCCACGUGUGGCUGUUUUACCACCCUGUGAAAUCUCUCAUUUCUUUGUCCAUGAACAGUGACUUCCCUGGUGUGUUCUUCCCUGGUGCAUCCAUGGGGACAUCAGUGCUGACGUGUGUGUGUCUGGAGCAGCCCAGGUGGGCAGGGGCAGCUCGGAACAGACGCUGAGCAGAGACAAGGCCGGGCUCUCCUCGGGAGCAGAGGCUUUGAUGUGACAAGUUUGCUCGUGGUUCAAAACCUGUUUCCUGCAGUUCUGCCUCCUUCCCUUUCCCUGCUGCUGUCACAUCUAGAGUCUGACAGGAGUGAGUAAUAGUAACUAACAGGUAAAUUUGGGGCAGCUUUAAGGUGCCCAAGCAGAUGUACAUACGAGUGUCAGUUCUCUGCAGUGCUCGAUCCUCAAGCUUUAAUCUUUCCCAGGAUUUCUUUUCAUUAAGGCAAUAAAAAGUCUGAGAUAAGAAGCAGAUCCUUGGAUUUGCAGCCCUUUGAGUGAGGGAAGGAAUGUACUGGUUCUGUCUUCAGCUUAAACUGGGAAGAGCUUUACCAAGUCCAUUCUCCAGACAGAGACAGCUGUGUCUGCUGUGCUCAUCCAGGUGAACAGAACAAAUCCACACCACCAUGGGCAUCCUGACUGUGGAAAUGGGAAUUACUGCUGCAAAUAGAUCCACUCUCCCACUUGGGAUCUCUUGCACUACUGUAUUCCUGACGUUGAGAACAAACUCCUGCACAGCACUGACCUUCCCUCAGUGCUCCAGGCAGAGCCAGCUGUCAGUCUCAGGGUCCUGGGAGUGUAAGGAAGGGUAACAAUGUGGAAGGAAGGACAAUAAUGUGGAAGGAAGGACAAUAAUAUGGAAGGAAGGACAAUAAUAUGGAAGGAAGGACAAUAAUAUGCAUUAAGGGAAUACCACAGCAUACCUGAAACAGGAAGAAUCCAUACCUUGUUCCAACCCAAAGCUUGCUGUCCUCCCUCCAGCCCCUGCCCCACUCCCCCAGGCCAGCAGGACCCCCCAGGCUGCUCUGAAGGACUGGCACCACUGGCAGGGCCAAAUCCUGCCUUUUCUGCCCCAAAUCAUCACAAGUGAGUGAGUUGUUUGGUUGUGAGGUUCCUGAGCAAAGCUAGGGGCUGGUCAGUGAGAAAACUCCAUCUGGUUCCCACAGAAAACAGGCUGGUUUGUGGUGGAUGAUUUCCCUACUCCAGUAAAUUUUAGCCCAUUGGCCAAAUGGGAAAUCUGAAAAGUUAUGAGCAAAAUAAAGGAUAAGCAAUGCUACAAAAUUAGUGUUUUCCAUGGCACAGUGGGGGUUUAGUCUCAAUAUUCAUUUCUCUGAAAACCAGCAGCUGCUUUGGUCAGAAGACAGAUGGGACAGAACCUUGGGUUUGUUGUGGUGGUUCUUUUUCAACAAAUGAGCAAACCCUCUUGGAUAAAAGAGGUGCUUAAGAAUGUUCCUGUAAGGAAAACAGGGCUGUGCUUUGGUUCUGGGAACAUUUUCCUGUGUUACUGAAGGAAGUCAGUAAUUCUUUUCCAGCUCUGUAUUACAUUUUACACACACUACCUCUGACACCACCCUUGAACCCACACAGAAAAUGUGAACUUAAGCUUUUUUUUUUUAACCUUUUCUAGGCAAUAAAUUAUUUCCAACAUGCAACCUUCAGUUCUCUGCUUGGUUUUAGUUGAGUAUGAGACAUUCACUUGGUUUAUUUUAGUGCUGUUUUUCUGUAUUUGUCUUAAACACAAUUUAUGGACAAGAAAAUACUGAAGGUGGGAUAUUAGGGAGAAAAGAUCAGCAGAUGUUAAGCAAGUGUUCAGCAAAAAUGAAUCAGUAGCAGGCUAAAUGUAUAUUUAGACCAUGUUUGUAGUUAAGUUUCAUCUUAAAAGAGUCCUUUUGAUCUUCCCCCUCACAUAUAUCUCCCAAAAUAGUAGGGGAAGGUUGUCAGGAUGGACGAGGGAUGGGAGGGGGUGAAGCACAAGGAGGCAGAAAUGAAGGGCCUGGGGUUUAGGCAAGAAAAUUGAAGUAAACUAGAAAAUUUAAACUAAAGCUUCUGCUUUAGCUGCAAAUUCUGUGAAUUACAGCUCUAAAAGUCGUGGGCAAGUCCACUGAGUUGUGUUGGGGGAAAAUUGUCUUCUCCAAUGGGAAUUUUAUCAUUUCUGUGGUUAUUUCUGGAAUUACUGAGUGUAUGUGGAUACACUGAUGCAGAAUUUUAAUGUGCACAGAUAUACUGAACUUGAUCGUAUUAACAUCUACAAAGGUAUUUUAACUUGAAAUAUUAAUGUGAUUCUUCUAAAAUAUAUUUGAUUUGCUCUUAUUUUUAUGUCUUACUAUAUAUGGAUGACAUAGUUCUGAAAAAUUAGUCAAAUACAUCCAUGAAAAUAUGGUUUAUUGUUCAUCUCCUUUAAAAUCAGUAACUUUUAGGCUUGGAAAUUUAUGAAAAUGCCCAUAAUAAUGACAUUUAUAAGUGAACUCGGCAAAUAAACAAACUGCUGUAUUUAUGAAGAGAUAAUGAAUCUUCUGCCAUGACAAUUCCUGCUUUAUUUUCACUAUAGGUAUCAGUUUGAUUUUUUUGAAAAAACAACUAUUCUGAAAGUUUAAAUAUUAUUGUAAAACUUGGAUGUUUUCCUUAGCCUACAAAACAGUUGAUGAUUUUAAAACUUCUAUCAUUUCUUUCUGGGCCAAUCCCUUAAGCUUUGUGUAUUCCUGAGUUUCUCUGUGAAAAUCUCUAUUUAUAUUGCAUUUUUAUGAUUUGUAUCAGUAUGUGUAGCAAAGAAACUACUACAGACCUUCAACUGAAGUACCUCCACUAUGGUCCAGGACACCAGAUCUGGGUGUUUGAGUGCUGGAUGCCCAGAGAAAGGGUCCAGAUGUUUGUAUUGCUUUGGGUUCUGUGUAAAUAAGGGUAUUUAUAAUCUUGGAUUCCCAGAGUCAUCAUGAGAAAUGCUUCUUUCCUACUUUAGGAGCCUGCUCAGCUAUUUUUAUAUAAAAACGUUGGUCUUCGCCUUAAUUUUUUUUGGUGAAAAGUUGUGCCAUAGAUAUUUUAACUUAUCCACAGAUAGUUUACAGAGUUUGCUUUGACUUCUCUUUACUUAAUUUUUUUUUCCUCCGAUUAUUUGAAUUUGUUUCCUCCUCCAAAUGCAUCUCAAGGUUGGUUUGCUUUCUUAAUUUUAUUUUUGGGUUUUUUUCAAGUUUUGGAGGAUCCUUUCAUCUGCAUGCUUUGGUAGGUCGAGUUUUUCCUCUGUAGUUUAUUGUUUAUAGUUUAGACAAACCUUUUCUUGAACAAAAAGCCUGAAGUAAUGCUUGUACAAAUGUAUUUAGGGUGGCCCAGAUGGUCAGAGAAAAGGGCUAUUUAGCGUUGGCAAAUUUGUCUACCAGACUCAAGGAUAUUUUUCUACGUCUGUCAAGUUUGGGACUAUGGAGAAAUGAAAUAAAGGUGAACUAACUCCUUUUCCUAUAUGAA